ACAUCCCCAUCGUCUUCAACCCCAGAGAUUUGCAGUCCAAGCUCAAGCCUUAGCUACCCGCCAAGGGCGGUUCGGUUGCUAAUCCCGACCCGCAAUCCUCUUGUCACAGCUAAAAGCGCAGAAGAGGAUGAGCAAAGGUACACAGGGGCGAACACAGGAGAACAAUCAGACAGAGCAAAGACCAGCACCGCUACCACAUUCUCUUCAGAACGAGAUAUGCUGGAGAAAAGAAACAAGGAACUUAAACAUGAUUACCUUGAGCACAAGACUAAAAAAAACAAAGGUUAUAUGAGUGAAAAAGAGGUUGAAGGUGGCGGCCCCGCUAUUAGUAGUCAAGGCGCUGGCGAUGUUGUAUCAUCUAGUGGGAGUAUUCACGACAAUGCCUUGGUUGGCGACUGCAGGCCAGAUUUCGAAACUGACCAUCCACAAGUAUCACGACAGGAGAUGAUGCCAAGUAACUGGCCGCUCGCUUUGAGCGAAAUAGACCAACUAGACACACUUGUCGAAGCAGGCUCUGAGGCCUUUCAAGCAAGAGCCCCGCUAGCUGACAAAAAAAAUUGGUAA